UCGUUUACGUUCAAUCGGUACACCAAUCGUCGUUUUCACUCAGUUUAUUCCUGUCAGUUGCCUGGUUCGUUUGUUCAUGAAUGAACACUGCAUCGAGUGUAAAUAUCAACAAAAAUGCCUCCAGCUUACCAGCACCGAUCGAAAUUAGAAAGUUCGCGUGAGCCAUUCGCGAAAUUGUAACUUUUUAAUGACUUAACGCGCCAAUUGUCCCGCUUCGGUGGCAAUAUCUUGGUCAUUCAUUCAUCAUUCAUACAUAAUUUCUACCAGCUUCAACUGUGAAGAUGUCUGCAGGUUUCGGCUUUAGUCGUGAAGCAAUUCGAGUGAAAGUAAAGAAAUAUGAGGGUAAUGCACCGCCAGAGCAUCGCAAAUUCAGCGUCGAUCCACAAAUCACUUCGUUUGAAGUGCUGCACAGUAUUUUGGGUAAAGCAUUCGACAUGAAGGGCGAUUUCACGAUUUAUUAUCGCCAGGUUGACUCGGCUGGCAAUGAGACAUUUUCGCCACUGCUAUCUGAUUGGGAUUUAGAUGCUGCAUUCCUCAAAGCUCACAAUGCUUCAUUGCACAACAAUAGUGAGCCAUGUUUAUGUCUUCGAGUUGAUUUGAAAACUUUUGAGGAGUGUGUGGAUGAAUGGGAACCAAAGAACGCCAACGUGCCGAUUAUCACACAAAUUCGCAAUGCCAAUAGUGAAGUUAAAGCUUCACCAAGACUGCAUGGCAUAUUUAAUCAAAUGGGUAAAACAUUCAAUAUAGUCAAAGGUGCGUUUAAUUUCGGCGAUGAGAGUCAAUCACUGCAACCACCUCGUCCGCCAUUAAGCGACACCGAAUUUCGUCGGUACCUGGACCCUGUCGGUCAAAUAUUAUACGCGAAACAGCUGCGUUCGGAGAUUUACCUAGGUGGAAUUGAUCCUAGCCUAAGGAAAGUCGUCUGGAAGUUUAUUUUGAAUGUCUAUCCGGAUGGUAUGACCGGUAAAGAGCGUAUGGAUUAUAUUAAAAAGAAAGCCGCUGAAUAUCUAGCGUUGAAAGAGGUUUGGCGUAAUGCGAUUGCGCAGGGACCUGUCGUUGGUGAAUUGGCGUAUACUACCGGAAUGGUACGAAAAGAUGUGCUACGAACGGAUCGUCAUCAUCCGUUUUAUGCUGGAAGCGAUGAUAAUCAAAAUAUUGCUGCCUUGUUUAACAUUUUAACAACCUAUGCCUUGAAUCAUCCGAAAGUGAGUUAUUGCCAAGGGAUGAGUGAUUUGGCGUCACCUCUGUUAGUAACAAUGGGCGAUGAAGCGCAUGCGUACAUUUGUUUCUGUGCGUUAAUGUCCCGUCUGAGUAUUAACUUCAUGAUCGACGGUAUCGCCAUGACACAAAAGUUUACACACCUCGCUGAAGGUUUACUCUACUACGACCUGGAGUUUUAUAAUUACUUGAAGUCUCAUCAGGCGGACGACUUAUUGUUCUGUUAUCGCUGGCUACUGCUCGAAAUGAAACGUGAAUUCGCCUUCGAUGAUUCACUGCGUAUGUUGGAGGUGCUAUGGAGUUCGCUGCCGGCGAAACCGCCGAUUAACGAGCUGCGAUUGUUUGAUGUGAAAUUCCAAGCGCCCACGAUUGUUACCCCGCCGAUAUCUCCACUGGUAAAAACACCGCGUGAGAAUCCCUAUACGAAAGUAUGCGCGUUGCGUAGACAGAGCAGUUCGAUAUCUCUUGUAAAUUAUUCGGCGAAAAAGGCGCAGCCUGUCAAACGUCAAAAUCAUAGUCUUGAUGAUUCGCUUUGUCGCAGUAAAAGUAUUACGCUGGAAAUUAAACCGAAACAGCAGAGUCUUGACGAUAAUGCUCUGCCGAAAACGUUUGAGUUUCCACCAUCGGGGGAAUUAGAGUUGUCGCCACGGGAAUUACGCCCGCGGUCCGUUUCGCCAUUGGAGCAAAAGUCCGACUCGGUUGUGCUCAACAAUCGACUCAAUAAUAAAAUAGUCAAUAGUCGCGCAACGAGCACGAAUUUAUCGUCGAGUAUGUCGAAUUUACUCAAGCACUCCAAGCGCCAGGGACAUUUUCGCGAUCUGAAAGAAAAACUCGGUAUUUUCGCUUCUCUAGACACUCUCGAACGAGUUAAUUCCAUUAAAGAGGAGAGCGAGAAUAAACCACCGACGAAAAUGAUUAAAAACCUAAAUGAGUUUUUAAACUUUGCGUCGGCGAAUAAGAAUAAAAUUUCGGAUAAACUGACGCGUUUUGGUAGUGUCGGAGAAAAAGACCGACCGAAAAUAAUGCUUACAAAAUCAAGCCUGGACGAUUCGGAAUCGUCGAGUGCUGAUAGACCUUCAUCGAGAUCCCGAGUUUAUUCCUCAACGAGUUGUGAGGAUACUUUCGAUGAGUGCAGUCCGGACGACUCGCAGAGUUACUUCCCAAUGACCACUUCAGUAACGCGCGAGUUGCGAAUUGAAUUGGAGAAUUUAGACCGACAAGUAUUCGGCAGUAGUUAUACGAAACGAUUGCUGGACUCGCCCAGUGAGUGUGAAUGUGUUGCACCGAGUAAAAUCGAACCGGUGCAAGCUGCUGAUGAAAAGGGUAACGUGUUCGUCUGGGAGAAUCCGCUGCAUCAGCCGAGCCCGAACGUGACGAAAAACGAAUUCGUUAACCCUGUGAGUGUAAACACACCGGAUGAACAAGCAGAUAUUGAAUAUGACGCGGCGAAACAACCGGCAACUCCAAAACUGCAUAAAGUCGUGCAGGAAAAUGGCGUCAAUUCAUGCGAGGAGGUUUCCGAAGCGAAUAAUAAGAAUAACAGUAGUGGUCUGUUGCCACCGCCGCACGACUUUGGCGGCGGUAAUCCCUUCCUGAUGUUCCUUUGCCUCACCGUGCUGCUGCAACAUCGCGAUCAUAUUAUCGGUACUUCCAUGGACUACAACGAGAUGGCGAUGCACUUCGACAAGAUGGUUCGCAAGCAUAAUGUGACGAAGGUGCUGAAUCAGGCGCGUCAAAUGUACCAGCGUUACACGAAGCAGCAUAAUCUAGCUCAACAGAAGGUCGAGGAUUGCUGAAGUGCGAUUGCGGCGGUAUCAGAUGAUUAUCAGAUCAGUUUUCUGUGAUAUUUUUGGUUGAAUUUCGAAGAGGCUUACUACUUCUACAAUAACUAGUGAUAUUUUCUCUUGGUAUACAUUCCAAAACUGCUUUUCGUUUAGAAAAUGGUAUUUAUUUACAAACUCUCGUCACCAAAUCGCGCGACCUAAGAUAAUUAACAAUUGCACUAUUACAUUUAUUGUUAUGGAAUAAAAUAAGCAUAGCAAACUCUAAA